AUGGACGAUGGCAGCAUCUCUGCGCUUAACGAUGAUGUGCUCGAUCUCAUUGUAGAGGCGGCUUCUCACCUCCAGGCAAUCCCUGCUCUCUCCAGAACGUGCCGAAGAAUAAGGCUGCGCUGCCUGCCGAGUCUUUGUAGGGAAUUCAGCUUGCGAUCGCCCGUCCCCAUCGCAGCUAGAGGAUUUGUGCCCGAAGCACUGCGUCCAUAUGUCAGCAUCCUCCACUUCAACGACCGCUGCGGAGAUAUACCUCGUGAAGAAGAUCUGCGAGACGCACUCGAGCGUGACCUGCGUUUCACCACCGACCCUCUCUUAUGUGCAGUGUACAGUACGCCCUUCUUCGCUACUGCACUUGAGAGCAUGCCCCGGCUGCACACUUUGUCGUUUAACCUCCACCGGCUGCCAAUCCACGGCAUCCCGUGGUCGGUUGUGCAAAUGAUCCUCGCCCUCCCCACCCUCAGAAACCUCACAAUCAAUGGUCAUCGGAUUGCUCCCAGCCUACUGCCACAGGAGGAGCUCGUUCUUGACCGUUGCGCACCUCUUACCUCCUUCCAGCACACCAUGUCCGAUUAUCGUCGGUGGCGAAAGCAGGACUAUCCAGACGAGAGGCAAGCGCUCCUACUUGUUCUCAAUAGGACCCACGCCACCCUCGAAACAUUGACGCUUGUGACGGAGUUGUCGCCUCUCGACGAAGUGUUCACUGCACUCGAGUGGCCGAACCUCCGCGAAUUACGCCUCCGCGGCGAGCGCAAGGCGAUCGGAGACUCUUCACUCCCAUUUAUCAGCCUAUUUGCAAACGUGCCCCGCCUACGACAUAUAGAACUGAAGCUCGCGCAACCCAAGGGCGUCGAUCCCCAGCUGUUCUGGCCGCCUGGCCACGAUAUCGUGGAGUGGCCGUGGCCGAAUCUCCGUCAUCUCACGCUCUCUUGUCCACACGUCGACGACCAAAUCCACGGCGCCCUUCCGCCGACACUCGAGAGUCUCGCGUUGUGUUAUACCCCUCAUAUGAUUCAUAGUGUAUGGAACGGCAGGGGCAUGCGCUGUCAGUGGCCACUCGUGAGUUCUUCGGAGAUGCUGCAGAUUUUACGACGGUGCCGCUGCCCGCGUCUCACCAGUCUGGAGUUGGAGUAUCGCGAGGACGAGGCCAACACGGAGCUCAUGCAGCAUAUCGGCGCGUCGUAUCCUGCCCUGACCUCAGUCAAGUUGCUCAGGUACCGUGCGGUUGAUGAUGCUGAGGCCGGCCCAUUGGUGAGUUCACGAUGUUUCAUCUUCGACUCCAGGUACCGUUCAGCGCUAACACAAUGCCCGGGUCGUCCACAGGAACCACUCCUCCGCAUGAUGGGAGCGCAUCCACGUCUACAGCACAUAUGUCUCCAUCUGGACCACCCGGACACCACUGCGUCCUUCUACUAUCCAACGGGAUAUAAAUACGAUAUCGCGGAGGACAUAACUCGGCUGGAGUCUUACUUGGCGUUGACACAGUCGCUUGCGGACAGUCUAGCGGGGGCAUCAAGCCCGUCACUGGAGACGAUCACGCUCUGGGCUCCACACUGCUACUUCCCGUACUCCUGGUUCUGGGAGAAAUUCGUCGUCAUCCGAGACGAGACCACGGGCGUCGGUGUGCGCGCUGAGGCCGUCAACCCGCGCAAGCGUGAUUGA